CAAGUCAAUUGAUGAAAUGUCAACUGCAAUAACAUAAUUGAAUUCGUUAUUCUUGAAAUGAAUUUUUUCUUUAAUGAAUUUUUAUUUGUAUUUUAAAUAUUUAAAUUUGUGCCAAUGAAAUACAUAAGAUGAAAGACGGAGAUUACGCUGAGUAUGAUUUACAAAAAGUAGCAGAAAGUGUUUCAUUUUUGGCCGAUUGUUUUGAUAAUACCUUUACAUUGCAAUGUUCUUUAAAUUAUCUAAAAGACUAUGUAAAAGAAACAAAACUUGAAAAACAUAUUUUAAAAGAACCAAGAUUAACUUAUAAAAAAAGUGACUAUUACACGCGUUCCAAACAAGUUAUAAAUUCUAAUGUAAGCAUUACUGAAACAGUUUCGCAGUUUAGUAAACAUAACAGAAAUUUAAAUAAAAAAAUAAGUCAUUGGGGUUUGCCUCCAGAAAUUAGCAAUAAAUAUGAGCAAAGAGGCAUUAUUGAGAUGUUUGAAUGGCAGGUGGACUGCCUUGGUAAUCCCAGAGUUCUCUUAGAAUGUCGGAAUUUAGUAUACUCCGCUCCGACAUCAGCAGGCAAAACACUCGUCGCUGAAAUAUUGACCAUCAAAACUGUGUUGGAACGACAGAAAAAAGUUAUCAUUAUACUACCUUUUGUAUCUAUAGUCAGGGAAAAAAUGUUCUAUUUCCAAGAUAUUCUGUCCAGUUCAGGUGUAAGAGUUGAGGGUUUUAUGGGUUCUCAAUCACCGCCUGGCGGAUUACAAUCAGUUCAUAUAGCAAUAUGCACAAUAGAAAAAGCAAAUAGCUUAAUAAAUAAACUUCUAGAUGAAGGAAAUGUAUCAGAAUUGGGUGCAGUUAUUGUUGAUGAAUUGCAUUUGCUCGGAGAUCCUCAUAGAGGGUACGUUUUAGAACUUCUCUUAACUAAAAUCAAAUUUAUUUCAUUAAAAUGUGAUGAUGUAAAAGUCCAAAUAGUCGGAAUGUCAGCUACAUUGCCUAAUUUGGAAAUGCUGGCAGAUUGGUUAGAUGCUGAAUUAUUUAUCACAGAAUUCAGGCCAAUACCUUUAGAUGAAUGUUGUUUAGUGGAAAAUAAAUUUUAUGAUAAACAUGGAAAGUCCAUUGGUUUAUUAGAGAAACCAAAAAAUUUAGGUAUUGAAGGUGACUAUGUGCUGUCACUUUGCUUAAAAACCCUAAGGCAAGGAUGUUCCAUUUUAAUAUUUUGCACAACUAAGAACAGGUGUGAGAACUUAGCACUAAGCAUUUCAACAUCGUUUUAUAAGUUAGGAUGUUCUGGUAAUGAAAAUGGAAUGAUUUUAAGAGAACAGUUGAAUACACAAAGUAUAUUAGAGACACUAGAACAAUUAAAAAAUUGUCCAGUGGGCCUUGAUAAAGUACUUAAAAAUAUAGUUUCGUUUGGUGUUGCAUACCACCAUGCUGGGUUAACUUUUGAUGAGAGGGAUAUUAUAGAAGGAGCAUUUAAGUCGGGCGCUAUCAGAGUAUUAGUAGCCACGUCAACAUUGAGUUCAGGUGUAAAUUUACCAGCUAGAAUGGUAGUAAUUAGGUCACCUGUAUUCCAAAAACAACCGAUUAAUAUGUUGACCUAUAAACAAAUGAUAGGAAGAGCAGGAAGAAUGGGUAAAGAUGUUAAAGGUGAAAGUGUCUUAAUGUGUACACAAGCAGAACAAAAGAUUGGCUUUGAAUUAAUGAUGGGAAACUUAGAUCCAGUCAAGAGUUGUAUUGAAAGUGAAGACAAAUACAUGAGAGCAAUACUAGAAAUGAUAGCAAGUCAAGACAUUUGUACGAAAUCUGACUUGGAUUUGUACACAAAGUGUACAUUACUAUUUACUCAACAAAGUAUUGAGCCCUCUCAAAAUUUUUUGUUGGAGGCAACUUUAAAAGAGUUAGUUAACUGUGAACUCAUAAGGAUUCAAACUGAUAGUGAUAAUCUUAAGUAUGUUGCUACGUCAUUGGGAAAGGCAUGUCUGUCAUCAUCUUUGGCACCGAAUGAUGGGUUGUCUUUAUUUUGUGAAUUACAGAAGGCUCGUCAAUGCUUAGUCUUAGAAACUGAUCUCCAUCUUAUAUAUUUAGUGACACCAUAUAGUGUUAGCAGCCAGUGGAAUAACAUAGAUUGGUUGCAUUUACUUACUUUAUGGGAAUCAUUAACGGCUGCAAUGAAAAGAGUUGGAGAGCUUGUUGGUGUACAAGAAAGUUUUAUAAUUCGUUGUCUAAGGGGUACAAAGCAGUUGAAUAGUAUUCAAAACAAAUUGAAUAUACAUAAGAGAUUUUACACUGCUUUGGCAUUACAAGAUUUAGUAAACGAAAUACCUUUAUCAGAAGUGGCUUUAAAAUUUCAAUGUGCUCGGGGUUUUUUACAAGGCCUGCAACAAGCAUCAUCAACGUUUGCAGGAAUGGUCACAGCCUUCUGUCACCAACUGGGCUGGAAAAAUAUGGAAAUGCUUAUAUCUCAAUUUCAAGAUCGCCUUCAAUUUGGUAUACAUUCUGAAUUGUUAGAUAUAAUGAAACUACCGUCCUUAAAUGGUGUUAGAGCUCGAACUCUAUUUAAUGCUGGUUUUGAAACAAUAGCUAGUAUCGCAUCAGCGGAAUCAAAUGUUAUUGAAAAUAUCCUUCAUAAAUCUGUACCAUUUCAAAGUGAAAAGGAAAGGGAGGGAGAUGAUGAUGUUGAGGUUAGGAAACGAAAUAAAAUGAAAAAUAUUUGGAUAACUGGCUACUGCGGUUUGACGGCAAGGGAGGCAGCGGAAAACCUUAUUUUAGAAGCUAGGAAAUAUGUAGUUCAUGAAAUUGGAGGGGCCGAAAUUAAAUGGAAGGAUGUUAAUAGUUCAAAUCAAAUUGUACAUACAGCUAGUGCUGCGCAUCCAAAUAACACAAGUAAAAGUCAAAUGACUGAACGUUGUGAUAGUAUUCAUUUAAAAGAAUUAUCUAAAACUGAAAAGGAAAAAGAUCAUGAUGUAAGUGAAAGUAGUAAAGAUAUAAUUAAUUCAAAAGAUGAAAGUGUAAAUAGAUUUACUGCUGAAGAAGAUGUAAUUAAUUUAAUGGGUGAAAUUCAGCCUGUUCCAUUAAAACUGGCAGACGCAACAUCACAACCUUACCAAAAUAAUUGUUAUGAUAAUGAAGACAAUAAUGGUAACAUGCCUUUGAAAAAUGAAAUACUUGAUAAAACAAACGUUUGUAGCCUUAGUGACAAUAAUGUUAAACAGAAAGUUGAUGCGACGAUUACAAAAAGUCCUAUUAAACAAGACCUAAUUUGGGAUUCACUCAAUUUCACUGAUGCUGCUUUUGAUAAUAUUUCAAAAUUGCCCAUUUCUGACAAUUUUCUAUCACCGAAUUUAAGUUUCGGUUCAUAUUCCAACAAUUCUGAUAUGAUAGUUCAGAAUCAAAUAAAUGUCUCUACAAGUGUGUCGUCUAAAGAUAUUAGUUUGUUUUCAUCUGAUGGUGAUAAUUCAAGCAUUUUCGAAGAUAGUUUUCCACUAGAUUUACUACCAAACACAAUUAUGGAUUGCAAAAAGUCUGAAAUAAUUAAGGAAUUUAAUGAUAAUAUUAAUACUGAAUCCAUAAUAAAUUGUUUUAAGUCAUCAGUACUUGAUAUUGAUGAUGAUGAAAAUUUCACGUUGGUUUAUGAAGACGAAAAAAGCAGCCCAAAAGAAAAUAAUUCUAUAGUGAGUAUUUCUCAAGAAAAUGAAAUAGGAAAUACUCAAGAAUUCAAAGAAAUGGGUGUGAAAACUAGUUUUAUUAGCCCACUUAAACGUCAUGCAGUAUCGAACAAACAUUGCUUACAAUCUUCGGCUAAAAAAGUUAAAAAGUCAACGACAUCCGAUGUUUACCCAAGACAUGUUUCAUCACAAAUCAAAAUAAGUCAAACGUCCGAAUAUUUUUUGCUUAAAAUUGCGAAAAAUCAUUUUAAGUGUUAUAUUUUGCGAGAAGAUGAUGUGUGUAAAAACUUUUCCUUUGUUGAAAAUACUAAAGAAGUUUCAAUUGUUUUUGAUGUAAAUUCAAAUGAUGUUAAAGUCAGUAGCAACUCGAUUGGAAGCAAUAUAUUGGGUCAAAAGAAAAGAGUUUCCGAAAACAAUCAAAAUAACAUCGAAGAAAAGUUGCAUCUGAAAGGAAUAGCUUUUUACUUUAAUAAUUUAUGUUUAUAUUUUGAUAUAAGUUCAUUAAAAAGCCUUUUACCUGCAUUACGACUAGGAUUACAACGAUUGUUUUCAAAUGCUUCCUUAAAAUUGCGAAUGUUAUCGGCAAAAACAAACUGCUUGUAUGUUAAAAAAUGGCUGGAGAAAGAUUUAUUAACGCAAUGUGACGACAUCACGAUUGCCGAAUGGUUACUGGACAGUGAUGAAAAGGUUUCGAGAAUUGUGGAUCUGACUAAGAAUUAUUGCAGUAUAGAUUUAUAUAACACAGAUAUAUUUAUAAAUGAUGAAAAGAAAAGUUACAAAAAUUUAGAUUCUCAAGUAAUGGCAUGUCUUAAAGCUUGGUGCAUUUGGAACAUAUCACAGGAGCAGGUGAAGUCAUUAGAAAAAAUCCACUUUAUAAAAAAUACUUUGGAUACUGAGACUCAAGUUUCCAAGAUCCUGGCUGACUGUGAGUACUAUGGAAUUACGGUGGAUAAAGAUCUCGCGUCCCUGCUUUUGAUUGAUGUGAAAAAUUCACAAGAAGUACUACAGAAGAAGGCUUUUAAAUUAUGUGGAAAUCAUUUCAAUUUUAACUCGUCCAAAGACGUGGCCAAGGUUUUAGGGCUAUAUGAGGGGCGUAAAGGUAGCACAAAGAAAAGCGUCCUUACCUCCCACAAUAGUACGAUGGCGAGCAUCAUCAUAUAUUGGAGGAAACUUAAUUCAAUACUCACUAAGACCUUGUACCCUCUCACUCAUCACGCUGUCAUAUAUAGCUCUGACAACAGGAUAAGCCCGACCUACACUAUGUACACUUGCACCGGUCGAAUUAGUAUGCACGAGCCGAACUUACAAAUGGUGCCGCGAACAUUCUCUAUUCCAUUAGAAUAUCUCACCAUUCAAGAGAGCAUUGAAUCCGGCGAUAUCAUGGAGUUCAACUGCAGGAAUAUUUUCAAAGCGUCCCCGGGCUACGUAUUCGUGUCAGCUGAUUAUUGCCAGUUAGAAAUGAGGAUUCUCACCCACUAUUCCAAAGAUACGGUGUUGACAAGGAUUAUGAAUUCGAAUGUAGACGUGUUCAAGUCGAUCGCGGCGUCUUGGGGUGGUGUUGCGGAAGAGUUGGUCGAUGACGAUCUCAGACAGAAAGCAAAACAGCUGUGCUACGGCAUCCUUUACGGAAUGGGCAAUAAAACUUUAGCUCAUUACCUCGAUGUUAACGAGAUGGAAGCUGCUAUAUUCAUGGACAAAUUUUACAAAACCUACCCUGCUAUCAAAGUUUUUACACAGAAAAUUAUAGACGAAUGUAGGAAAAAUGGGUAUAUUGAGACGCUGAUGAAGAGAAGACGAUACCUGCCAGAUAUUAACAGCUAUGUAGCGUCUAAAAAAGGUGCAGCUGAAAGGCAGGCUGUCAACACAACGAUACAAGGAUCAGCGGCAGAUAUCGCCAAGGCUGCGAUGUGCGCCGUCGAUACAAAAACAAGGGCAGACAUCGACAAACCUCGUUUAGUCCUUCAAAUGCACGACGAACUUAUAUAUGAAGUUAGAGAACCAAGGAUGGAUAAUUUUAUUGCAAUUCUAAAGUGUUCAAUGGAAGAGACGGUCCAGUUAAACGUUCCACUGCCUGUUAAAGUUAAAGUGGGUUACUCUUGGGGAGCGAUGAAAGACGUCCAGUGUUAAUUUUAUUUAAAAAUCAUGAAUUUUCGUAUGUUUAAGUUGUUUGUGAUAUUUUGUGCAGUUUUUUAAAUAAAUACUAUUCUUGAACAUAA